AACGCCGUCGAGUGCAAGGUUUUCGUGCGACUUCAGCCGUGUUACGACACUCGUAUCUUAUCCCACGAUCGGACGACGGCUACCAGGGUAGUUUAUUCCGCGAACGCGUUCCAGACAGCUUUAAAGCGCAGUGUAACCAUGAAAACCUUCCCUGCCCUGUUCGCCGUUGCCAUCGUUGCCGUGGCGUGCAGCUUAAACGGUUCCGUCCAAGCGACCGUCGUCGAAUCAUGCGGUGACACUCGCAGCGUAGUGCCGAUCGAGAAGAACAUCGUAGAUAUUAGCAACUGUGACAAGGGACCGUGCAAGCUGAAGCGACGCACGACCGUUAGCAUUAACCAACAGUUCACACCAACGGAAGACGUUAAGAGCCUUAGUACGACCGUGUUCGCAAAGAUUGUGGGUCUACCGUUGCCGUUCAUCGGUGUCGAUGGUACCAGCGCCUGUCCGUAUCUGUUCGAGGAGGACGGCACAACUAAGCUCGACUGUCCGCUGAAGGCUGGCGUGCCGGUCGUGUACAAGCGCAGCUUCGACGUGCUCGAAAUCUACCCGAAAAUCCCCAGCAUGACCAUCCACUGGGAGCUGCAGACGAAGAGUGGCCGAUCGAUCACAUGCUUCGAGGUGCCGGCCAAAAUUGUGUAAGGGCGGGGGUCGAUCACCGUGCCUCACAGGGGGGCACAAACGGAGCCUUACAUCAGUGAAUAGCAGAGCUGCGCGAUCGGGUUAGCUUUUCGAGUGAUACGUUUUAGGUUUACUAGAACUGUUGGGCUACAAUGGCGGGCAGUAAAGUGUGAA